GCCAAGGCAUCUGUGUUUCGCAAUGUUUCAUACGGCACAUCUGGAAAUUCAUAAAAGCUUGUAUGUUCAACGGAUUAUCGGCACUUAUCCUGCAUUAUACAGCCGUGACAAUGAAGGCCUGUCGUAUAUUGAAGCUUCUCUUUUUUGCCCACUCUGUGUCAUUUGUAAACUCAUUUGUUACAAGAUCAACCGAUGGACAACAAAGAAUUGGAGACUUUCUCACAGUUGUGACAGAUGCGGUAUGCAGAUUUGGCCAGGGACAUUUAACUGCCUAUCUGAAAAGACUAAAAAUGGCUGGACAGCUACGUGCCAACCGUUUUAGUUCCGUUACGAUCAGGUGUAUCACCGGAGCUUCAAACCCUGGUUGUAGUCCAUUGACCGUUACUUGCGACCGGACAAGGCAGAAUAUAGUGGUAUCGAAUUUUUUAAACUUCACCUGUUGCAGAGACUAUGCACUUGACAGGUUGACAGGGGGUGGCAAAAGAACGCGUGGAAUGGAUCGUUCCUUACCAAUGUCGCUAGAAGAAAGCGAUGUGAUAAGCAAUUUUCUGGCUUCCCAAGUAAAACAACAUUCUGACUUUACCUCCGCAGAAUCUCAAUAUUCGGACUACCCGUCUUACUAUUCAAGUGGUUCAUCACAGGGGGACGUUGAAUACGUCCGAAACCCAAAACGAGGAAUUCUUCGUCCUAUUGUAACAAUACGCAAAAAGUUAGUAACAUUAAUGGACACCCUCCGUGCACUACAAGAGCGAAGAAUAUCAUGAUGUUCAAUACGAACAAACGCAGCUAAGAUGCAGAUUAAUAAAACAACAUAAAUAAUCUUGAUUUUCAGGAUAAGUCAAAAACUAUACAAUACGUACAUUCUGGUUGAACUUGAUUUCUUAAAUUGAUACUGUACAAAGCCUUUUGCAAUGUGUGAAACAAAUAAGGCAAAUGCCUUAAUGAAUUGUGGUUGAUUUUUUAAUCCACCAUGGU